ACGCGACAAUCCUGCACAUGGUGCCAAGCCGCAGCACCAUUUAUAGCCAUCAGGAGGUCAAGUUCCAGCACGCGCAGGCUCCUGGAGAGGAUAGGUGCCUGGCGGGGGUGCCAAUUCGCGCCGGUGUUUUCUUUGGGGGAGUAUAUCUAGAGGUCCGCAGCCUGAGUGCACAGAACGACUGACUUGUAGCCGAGAAGAGAAGGUCUCUACCACUUGUGCUCCUCUCCGUACAGGCUGCAAGGAAGAAGAAGAAGAAGCAUGGGGACCUGCGGAUUACUGUUGUUCCUGACGGCUGUUGUGGUGGGAUCGGCACAGCUUGUGUCGGCGCAGGUGGGUUAUCCGGGUUAUCCAGGGUACAACCAGUUCUAUGGUGUGUCCGGUCACGCAACCGAAUGUGAGAGUGACAGCGACUGCAGGUCCGCCGGGUACCGGUGUCAAUUCGCGCCCGUCAGCGGCAAGUCUUAUUGCACGCCAAGCCAGUACCAAUACCCGUACAGCAGCUACUACGGAUACGGUGGAUACCCAUAUGAUUACUACGGAUACUAUGGAUAUGGCGGAUAUCCCUACUACAACUACUACGACUACUACGGAUCCGGGUACUAUGGUUAUAACUACCCCUACUACAACUACUACGGCUCAUACCCUUACUACGGCUACGGCUACGGCUACGGCUACUACCCGUACUAUGGUCACCCAUACGUUGGGUACACCGGCGAGGGCACGGCAGAGCCACGGCAGGGCCCUCCCCCGACCCUCACACCCGAGCAGCUGGAGGAGGCGAAGGCCAAACACGAGGAGAUGAGGAAGAAGGCAGAAGAGUUCUGGAGGAACAGGCAAGGCAAGGAGCAGCUGAAGCCCGGAGAGAGCCUGGAGGAUCACGUGGUGCCGAUGGGAGGUGAAUGGCUCCCUCCACCGCCGCCCCCACCCCAGGGGGAGCAGGGUAACCAAGGUAACCAGGAGGAGAGGAGGAGGUGGAUGCCGCCCCGCGUGCCCAGGGGACGGAGGCCUGCUACAGAGGAGCAAGUAAACGACGACGGAGUCGCAGUGAAUUAAAGACACAGGGGAGUUGUUGAAGACAGUGAUUGUUCUACUUGCACAAAUGAUGACAAGACUCAGACCGGACAAGGACACUGAUUUAAUUUCUACUGCCAGCAAAGCCUGCUGAUUAGCAAUGCAAUGUGUGGGUGAUCUUUAGCAUAGCAUGUGUGACUGAUUAAGAUUAUCACAAGCCAUUUUAACAAGAAUCUGAUGUGGAUUUUAAAAGUCAUCCCUUUGACAUAGAGCUCCCAAAGAUUGACAGUCUCGUGUCGAUUACAACUGCUGAAAUCUAGUGUACAAUUGAUAAGGAAUAAGUCAAAAUUAAUCAAAUAGGAAUCAUCAUGUUCAUUCUGGUACGGACGUUGACAAAGGGAAAAUACAAUUUGAACGCAUGAUAUUUUGCGAUACAAAAUACAUGUAUUCUUUACGUGUCUUAUACAAAUGUGGAAAAAGAAAUGUGGAUUGCGUACGUAGUUUGCGUCAUACGUCAGUAUCAUAAACGAAGAUAUUCUCGCUCUUAUUAUUGCUGUGUGCUCACGGACUACCACCUGGUUUCAAACCAUGUAUAUGAUUUUUGAAAUAAAAGCUGCUGUUUUGCAGAUGACGAUGCUA